CAACAAAUAAAGCUUGCUUAGGGUUCGAGGUUAUGGCAGGCGGUCUCUCUGAUCUUCUUUGUGAAAGAUAUGUACCAAAGAUACUACGACCAUGACGAUGGAGCUCUCCCUUUCGUCCUUGUCUAGUGCCGCCCUUUACACAGGCCUCGCCUAUCUACAGGGCGUGGUGACCUAUAGUCUCGUUGCUUACGACAUUCCAGCCACAUCGUCCGAAAGCAAUCUGAAAAAGACAAUGGACUAUUAUACGACUCGAAAAGAAGCGGAUCUUUCCUACAAGGGCGUCCCGGUGGCCUGUGUGCUAUUGACGGGAGGAGUGUUUGCCAAUAUUGCGGUGCAACGAGGAUCGGUCGGUUCUCUCUUAACUUUGGCAGCAGCUUUUCUGACCGCGUUCAACAAUGGCAAAAAUGUGGUAGACCCAGUCAACGCGCUGGCGGCGGAUGCCAAGGGCGACAAAGUCAAGGAACGAAACCUGACCGAGUUCAUGUCCGGGGUAACAAGAGGGCACUGGAUCGACUUUGCUGGAUUUACGACCAUUUUCCUUCUCGUGACGUAUCUGUAAGGUUGUGAAACAUUUCUUUUGGGGGGAGAUCAAUGAGAAAAACGCUGAAACCGCAAACCUCCCACCCACCUGACAACCAAGCUGAUGGAUCCCGGGCCUGAUCCCGGGCAUGGGCUCUAACCACAACGGCAUUUAUCCACCGAAGCCUGAUCGGAUCUGGAUUGCAUGUAUAUUUCGUCUCCUGGAGACGAUUUGCUUUAGGGGUAAUGGUACCGAUGGGGGCAGAGGUUUGAAUUAUACCCGGCGCGCGUUACUUAGAAGGCCCUGUAGAAGUCUACGUAUUCGACUAGUAUUGUAUUGACGGGAUACAGUCAACGCAUGUACAUGCACAUGAAAGUCGCCUUGCGUUCUUCACAUUUUAAAAGUUGGCUC